AUGAGUAGCAACGAUUCCUCCUUCGUCGGUCGCUACGAGGGAGGCGCGGACGCAUACAGCGCCAAUCUCCCAAGCGAGGCGUACCGACCGCCCCCUUAUGGCAAUGCGCGUCCCGCUGGCAGCAACUCGCCGCCCUCGUCGAACCACCCCAGCGGCUCCACCGAUAUGUCACGUCCGUCGGCAAGUGGAAGCAGCAUGCGACCUCCUUCUUCCGCCAGCUCCAUGGGCAUGUCCAGUGAUGGGCGUAUGGGACUGGGUGCGAAGCCAGCAAACCGCGACAGUGGGAGGAGUCAACAAAUGCGGCCGGAAGGAGAAGAUGCUCUGCAAAGACAUUACGGCACGUUGAGGACCUAUCUACAAGCCUCAUUGCAGGACGAAAAGGGAAACAUCAAACCCAACCGUGCAAGGGACAAGCUGUUGCGACUGUCCGUCACCCAGUUCAUGGAGCUCAGCACGGAUGUGUAUGAUGAGCUGAUUCGCAGGGAGGACGACCGUCUACAGCGGGUGGAGAACGUCCCGCGCUUCCUCUUACCCAAACAGAACUUCCACCCGAAAAGGAACCAAGCGAGACAGAAGCUGUCCACUCUGCCCAUUGAGCGCUUUCGACAACUGGCCACGGAUGUGUUUUACGAGCUGGAGAGAAGAAUGCCUCGAUUGGGUGGAAUGGGAAGGCCAAACAGCAACAUGAGUGAUGCAAGUGGGAGGAGUCGAGCGGCAAGCAGACCGGGGAUGAGACCACCGCAAGGACAAUAUGGAGGCCCUUUCCCGCCCGGCGGCCCCGGUCCGCGGAUGGCCUCGAAUGGCCCCAUGUCACCAUAUGGAUCUGGACCGAACGGACCUCCGAGUGCGAGACGGCCGAGUGAAGCGGCAAGUCUUGGAAGACCACUACCGAAACAGUUCCAAACGCAACAUGCGCAGAGUAAUACUAUUGUACCUAAUAAGAGCRCUAUGGUGGAGGACGACGACAUGGACGAUGAUGAGGAUGCAUUCGGCCUGGACCAUGUUGGAUCGGGCUUGAGCCCCGCGCCGAGUAAUACGGAGGAUAGGCAGAAGAUUGAGGCGCAAGCGGCUGAGAUUGCAGACUUGAAGGCGAAGCUGGAUGCAAGUGAGGACAAGAUGUCUGCGGAAAUCGAAGAGGAGAAAGGGCGGUGGUCUACCUUGCGGGAAGAUUUGGAAAAGAAGAACUUGGACGCACGAGCGCUCAUUGACCGACUCCAGCAGGAAUUGGAAGACCUACGACUCCAAGCCUUGGAUGACAACGAGGCCCGCAACAAGACUGAUCAAAACCUUCUCCUUCUUCGGCAACAGCUCGACAAGCACGAAACGGAGAACGCCGAUCUCCAACGAGUACAAGUCGAUCUCGAACGAGUACAAGCCGAUCUCCAACACGUAGAAGCCGAGCGAGAUGACCUCCGCCGACAAGUGCAAGGACAACAGAGCUCAGCGGUCAGCUCCGUCGACGCGGAUCGCUUGGAGCAGCUCGAAAGUGACCUUGCGAAGCAGGAAAAGAUUAGCUUGGAGGUGCAAGAACAAGCCAUGCUCUAUCUCCGAGAGAUGCGCGACCUUAGCCGCGAGAAUGAUCGUGCAAUCGAGCAGGAGGAGAAGUUGGCCGCGAAAAUCACCCUGCUGGAGAAGGAGAACAACGAGUGGAGACAACGGUACGCCAACGUCAAAGCUCAGAACAAGCAUCUCCGUGCCAGCACCAUGGGGCUUGGCCUGCAGACUGGGUUCGAUUCGGGUGGUCUUGUGAGGCAGGAGGGCUUGAUCUCCGACGGCGGACUUGUGCGGGAUACGGAUGUCACUCGCUUCCAGCUUUCCGUUGAUGAGCUGCUGAAAGUGGCGAGGGGAAGCAGUACCGAUGCCAUGCUUGAUAGUGUAAAGAAUGUGGUCAUUAGCGUGCAGGCCAUCACUUCCGCUGCGGGUCGCACGGAGGACUAUCCUACGCCGGCGGCUUCGCCAGGAGGAGAUUCCAGCCAACCCACGACCAGCGUGUCGAAGAUAAAGGCGAGAGUCACGGGAACUGCAAAUUCUCUGAUCACUGCUACGAAACAGCAUGCCGCAAGUCAUGGGCUCAGCCCGGUGGCGCUGCUCGACGCCGCAGCAAGCAAUCUCACUGCCAGUGUUGUGGAACUCAUCAAGGCCGUGCGAAUCCGGCCGUCGAGCAAGGCGGACUUUGACGACGCAGGCUCUUUCUAUGACGAUCGUCUGACGCCGAAUGAUGAGGGUCACUUGCAGAUCCCCGUACCUCAAGCGCAGCAACAACAAUCGCAACCGAGUGGUUCUCCUGGCGCUGCGAAGAAGGGAUGGUUCGGCUGGGCUCGUGGUGGGAAUGAGGAAGAAAGCAACGCUGCGCCAAACGCCCCCGCCAACACAAACGGGACCACUCCACACGCAAGUGACGACAAACACCUCGAGGAAGACGCCGAGUAUAGCGAUAGCGAGUACGAUCCUUACAGGUAG